UGGCAACGAACGAAGAGUCGGCCAGGAACGUCGACAGAGGCUAGAUGUCUGCUGGCCUGCCCUGCGGUCGGAGGACGACGGCGGUUCGCAACUGACGCUCCAAAAGCUCCCGGCGCACCGCGAAGGACUGGCGAGUCGUCCCGGCAGCUAAGCGUCCUCAUCGGAAGAUCUCACUCGGAUGCGAGCCCAAGACGACAGUGGCGACGCCCGCGCGUGAGUGUAGGACACAAACGCGUGGCCCCGUUUAGGAGCGCAGAAGAACGCCAGAUACUGUACACGCUGCCGCCGUGCUUGGGCGUAUAGUAAUAUGCACACGAGCGGGCUGGCGUGAUGUACCGGGACUGAUCUUCACCCAAGCGCUGAAGAAACGCGGUCAUCCGGUCCCUGACGACGUUGUACGGGGGAAGCGAUUCACGGUGUUGCGAUAGAUUUCCGCGCGGAGUUGUGUUCGUGCGGGAUUUCGAAAACAGCGCCUCGCUCGCCAUGCGCGUGCGGUUGUAACAGUGCUUUCACGUUGCGUCGUUCGAGCGUAUAGCGAAGAUACUCCUGCUGCCUCGCAUCUGUGCCAAGGUUUGCGAGAGAGGAAAAGAAAAGGAAGGAAGAAGAAAAAAAAGUUUCCACCGGAACUCGAGGAGAAAAUUUACUCGUCUUGCAUCGGCGACCGGCGCUUAAGCAGGGGAAGGCGACCGCUUUGAAAGAAAAGAAGCCGAGCCGGCACCCACCGAACAGGAUGAGGCGCUCUCUCGGUGGUGACACAAUGGCGCCGAGCAGGAACAGCUGUGUGUGCCCAGCGUGCGAGCGAAGUGGUGGACCGCGCGCCACGCACGCGUAGUGGACCAACUUCGGUCCCUAUCCUCGCCUCUGGUCAGCCCUGCGCUGUUUGCCUGCUCCGUACACACGCUAGCCGCACCUGGAGCGACACGGAGAAUCGCUGCGCCACUUCGAACAACUAGUAAUACCAGCGGGACUGCGCGGCCCCUCGUGCGACAAGAUGAACCAAAAUGGCACCCAGAAGCAGCCAUGGACCGUCGAGCGAGCGACGACGGAAUUGCCGCGGUCCGACACAAAGACAAACGGAAACGCCGCUCCGGCAGCUGGGUGUGCCCCCGGCGGCGGCGGUGCCGAUGGCGAGCUCCAGGAGGACCGUGACUACAUGUGCGGCCUGGGAAGCUGCUCCCCGCGGAUCAUGCAGCGACUCGCCACUCCCAGGGUGUUCUUCAUCGUCUACAGCCUCAUGGGCGUCCUGCAGGGCGCGUACAAGACAUACUUCGUGGGUACGCUGUCGACCAUCGAGAGGCGGUUCGCCAUGUCCAGCCAGACGACGGGCAUCAUCCUGAUCGCGGACAACCUGAGCCCCAUCAUCAUCAACAUGCUGGCCGGCUACUAUGCCAACCGCAUUAGCCGGCCCAAGAUCAUGGGCAUCGGAGCGCUCAUCGUGGUGCUCAGCUGCUUCCUCAGCAUCGUGCCCUACAUGAUCUACGGGCCGGGACUGCACAUACUUUCGAACACGGCGCAUGCACUGGGGGCCCGACGGCGCAGUCCCGACAGCCUGUUGUGCAACUCUGCUAUGACUGGACACCGUGAAUGCGGGGGCCCGUCCAUGGCGGACAGCUACACGCCGUUUGCGCUCUUCUUCGCCGCCAACUUUAUGAACGGCUUCGGCGCGUCCACGUUCUUCAUCGCGGGCAGCACCUACAUGGACGACAACAUACGCAAGAAGAACUCACCCCUGUACUUCGGUAUGGGAUUUGCCUUCAGACUGCUCGGCCCCGUGGUGGGAUUCGUGACAGCCGGGGUAUGCCUGCGCUUUUACGAAGAUCCUUUCCACGAUCCAGGCAUCUCACCGAAGGAUCCCCGUUGGGUGGGCGCCUGGUGGAUGGGCUACAUACUGUUUGCCGUCGGCCUCACCGUGGUCGCCUUACCUAUGAUGAUGUUCCCACGCAUCCUACCCGCCGGCAAGAACUACAAAGUGAACCGCAUGCAGAGGUUGUCCGUGGUGAAGGCGAACAAGACCUCCAAGUGUGCCGAAGGGACGGGCCACCAUGGCAUCAGCAUCGCCAUGAUCAAAGACAUCAUGGUUAUCGUGAAGCGGUUGGUCCGUAACCCGAUCUUCAUGCUCCACACAACUGGCCUGAUAUUCGUCUUGCUCGCCACAGCCGGCUAUGGCACAUCGUUCAGCAAAUACGUCGAGUUCCAGUUUAGACAAUCGGCGUCCAAGGCCAACUAUUACACAGGGGCGGCCAAAGUGAUGACGACAUUGGUCGGAAUCGUAACCGGCGGCGUCGUCAUACACCGGUUCCGGCCAGGUCCGCGCGUUGUGGCCGGCUACUCGGCAUUCGUGGAGCUGACCAUGGUAGCAGGCUUCGUAGCCAUGAUGUUCAUCGGCUGCGAGAGCCCCAACAUUGCCGGAGUCGAACCCGGCAGAAACAUCAGCGCGACAUCGCUGCUGGACAAGUGCAACGUGGAUUGCAAUUGCAACACCCAGAUAUACGAGCCGGUGUGCUCGAGCAACAAAAUUACCAGCUACUUCUCACCGUGCCAUGCCGGCUGCAAAAGCGUGGGAAUAUCAUCGACGAACAUGACGAUAUACAAGGACUGCAGCUGCAUCGUGGGAGGUGACCACGGAGCGGACGACUCCUACGUGACGUCUGGGCUUUGUGGCUCCACGUGUCAGCAGUUGGGCCUCUUCUUGGGCAUCGUGAUCGCCGGCCAAUUCCUGGGCUCCACAGGUCGUGUAGGGGGCCUACUCAUCUUCCUCAGGUGCGUAGACCCCAUUGACAAGAGUAUGGCAAUGGGGACCACCGGUUCUCUCCUACAUAUGCUUGCCUUCAUACCCUACCCCCUGAUAUACGGUGCCAUCCUGGAUCACUCGUGCCUGAUCUGGGAGGAGAAAUGCGGUCGGCGCGGCAACUGUUGGGUGUACGAUGCGGUCAAGCUGCGCUACACGCUGCAUCUCGUCACAAUAAUCUUUCUUGCCAUCGCCGGCGUCUGCUACAUCGGCCAGUUCCUGCUCAGCGGACGCAUCAAGCGCUUCUAUGAGGACGACCUCGCCGAAGACAGCAGUGACCAGCAAGACAAGUACGAAAGCAAAACCACAAUCACUGAGGCACUCUCGGUUGAAAGCAUCCAAAAGGUUGACGAGAAGCCACAGGCUACGAGGUUUUGAACUCGGAGACCGAUGAAUGAACAAUGCUCAGGAUAUGGGCCUGGCGUGAGACUGUGGCUUGUCGCAAAAUCGAUGCCGAGUGCCAGUUGAGACCAUGGGCUCUUGAGGACACUGUUUUUGCCCAGGACGAAAUGUGUGCUCCACAUCAUUAAGACUGGCCUGUUGUUGCGGAAGACAUCGAAAUGCGAAAUGCCCAAAGCGGGAUGUCACCAGACAUCGGACCUCAUCAAACUUUUGCUCCAGCGCUGACCUUUCUUCCCUCUGCAAGUGAAACUAUCAAGGAGGCAAGGAUACACGUGGUGAAAAAAAAAACAAAGGGAACACAUUCAAGUCUCCUAGCUUUGAUUUAAUGCCUUGUCGGGUCAAAAAUAGCCAGCAAUGAAACAAAUGCUGGUUGCAAGAAUGAAGAUGUUUGCCCAUGAGACGAUUCACAGCAUGUUACUCACGCAGGGUGACACCAUUCUGAAGACAAAUGAACUGUCUGCAGUGUACUGUGUGUAGGCAUCAGUGGCAUUGUUAUCUCAACAAGUGGACACUGCAGCUAUUGAGAAUACUUUGCAAGAGGAAUUGUAGUCACUAGUGGGACACCCAUUAUUAACUGCCUGCAACAGUUCUUACCGACCAAUUUUACAGUGUUAUAAAUAGCAGUGAUGAGAACAAGUGACUUUACCUUGUUCUUAUUAUGGUAUAGUUAGGCAAAACUGGCAUGUAAUGAGUCUACUCAAAACAACCAGUAUUGACAAAAAGCAACACAUUUAUGCUACAAGCACGAUUUUAAAACUCAGUGGUGGAGACGAAGUUUGAUUAAAGGGAUGCUGCAGUGCCUGCCAUGAUUCAGCUCUUGGAUGAAGUUACAUUUAGCAACAGGCUAGAGCGUGCCAACUGUUCCCUCUAGCCUGACUUCACACUUAAAAGCCUAUGUCCUAAAACAUGGCCAGUGCACCAUAAUCCCAAUGCAAACAAUUCUGCCAAAAGCAAGAACCUUAGAGAACCGCCAAAGUGCAACGUGUCAGCAAUGUAACCAUUUCUUCUUGUUGCUAUUUAUCAUAUUUUGAGUUAUUCCAUAUUUUAUCUCAUCAGUAAAUAAAAAAUUAUUGAAUAUUUUGAAACCCAAUAUGUGUGCAUGCACAUACUAGAGACAGAGAUUAUCAUUUACAUUUCUUAUUGUGCAUGUGAUCAGGAGGUGUUAAUACAGUGCUCUUAGAAACAGUGUUCUGAACAUUACCGUGAUGCAUCGUUCCAAUGUCAAGUACCCCAGUGGUCUUCAAGAAGCGAUCCAUGAAACAAGCUUACAAGUGUGACGGUGUGCACCACAGACCACGUGAAGUGCAGUGCAAUGAUUGUGAUAUCUGUGUACACGUGCUGAACUGAGUGAACCAGAUGUGCCCAAGCCUUGUUCAGUGCCCGUAAUCGUCCAGUUUAAGAAACUGGCCAGAUUCACAAAGCUUUCCAUUCAUAAGGUCUCUUUGUCAUUGCCCAGUACUUUUGCUAUUAUUUCAAUGGCUAUAAUUGCUCAAGAGCACCUACUUUAUGAACUGAUCGUCAUUAUAAACAGCUUUAUGAAUGUGGCUGCUGUUUCUAUGUGAAGUGCUUUGGCUUUUCUAGAUUGUGUGAACAGGGGGAGAUAUUUUUAUUAUAAAACUGUCUCGUUAACUUCCUUUUGUUCCUGAAUCAUUGAGACAAACCAAGACAAUAUAUUUGGAAUGCCAGCCUUCCACUGCUGGAUAUAUUUUUACAGGAAAUAAAAAAAUUU